UUUUUAAAAUUACUCCUUCAGUAACACCAUUUAAAGGCCAAAAUCACAUUUUAGGUUAGUGUAUAACAAAUCUAUAAAUCAAAUACAUUAAUUAUAUAAUAAACCUGAAAAAAUGAUUUUUAUUUAUACAGUGUCAUGGGUGGAGUAUAGUUAGAAUUGUACUUCAAGUUCCAAAUCCUAAUUAUAUUAUUGUAGGCAGUUAUUUCAGUUGGAGAAUCUUGCGUGGACCCAAACCCAAGGUGAAGCUAAUGCUUGGUGAGUUAGCGUUCUCGUAUGUUAACCAUUGAGAUUGAUUGGGAUGAAACCAAAUGCCUUUGCUCUUGUUCAACUCCUUCGAACUGCCACUGAUCUUUGCUAUCACAAAUUCGGACAACAGCUUCACAGUUAUGCAAUACGUUCUGGUUAUCAUUAUUCAAAUAUCUAUGUCUCUACUUCCCUUAUCAAACUCUAUGUCAAAAUGCACUCUUUUACUCAUGCCCACAAUCUGUUUGUUGAAAUUCCUCAACCAAAUGUCGUUUCUUGGAACACUUUGAUUUCUGGGUAUGUCCAAGCUGGCCUGUUUCCAGAAGCAUUGUCACUUUUCAAAAACCUAGAAAGGUCAGAAAUUUGUGCCGAUGCGUUCUCUGUCACGUCUGCUAUGACGGCUUGUGCUCAACUGAGUCUGUUGAAACUGGGAGGUUCGAUUCAUUCUAAGACAGUGAAAUUGGGAUUGGUUAAUGACACUGUUGUUGCAAACUGCUUGAUUGACAUGUAUGGGAAAUACGGGUCUGUUGAACAUGUGGUUUGUGUAUUUUCUGAUAUCACUAACAAGGAUGUUAUUUCUUGGAAUUCAGUCAUAGCAGCUUGUGCAAACAAUGGAAACGUUGGACUUGGUUUCAAGUUUUUACAACUCAUGCCUAACCCUGAUGUUAUUUCUUAUAAUGGGCUGAUAAAUGGAAUUGCUCAAGCUGGAAAUAUAGAAGACGCUGUUUGGAUUUUGUCAACUAUGCCAUGUCCAAAUUCAUCUUCAUGGAACUCCGUAAUUACCGGAUUUGUGAAUAAGAAUCGAGUUCAUGAAGCUUUGGAUAUGUUCCGUAAAUUGCAAAUGAGAAAUUUGCAGAUGGAUGAGUUCACAUUUUCGAUAAUUUUAAAUGGAAUUGCUGGUAUCUCAGCCGUAACAUGGGGGAUGCUGAUUCAUUGUUGUACAGUAAAGUAUGGUUUAGAUUCAUCUGUAGUUGUAGGGACUUCCCUCAUCGACAUGUACUCAAAAUGUGGGCGAGUGAAUGAUGCCGAAUUCAUAUUCAAUGUGCUGCCUAAUAGGAAUCUGGUAAGCUGGAAUGCAAUGAUAUCCGGAUAUGCUCGCAAUGGUGAUUUUGUACAAGUUAUCAGCCUCUUCGACUCACUGAAAAUGGAAAGAGAUACAAAACCCGAUGGUAUCACGUUUCUUAACCUCAUAUCAGCAUGUUCACAUACCCAAAUACCAUUUGAGACUGCUAUUCAUUACUUGGAUGCUAUGAUUAAUGAAUAUGGGAUUGCACCUUCGAUUGAGCAUUGUUGUUCAAUGAUACGGCUCAUGGGACAAAAGGGAGAGUUGCAGAGAGCACAACGGAUGAUACAAGAGCUUGGUUUUGAAUCAUGUGGAGUGGUUUGGAGGUCUUUGCUUGGUGCUUGUGGAACUCAGGAAGAUUUACAAGUAGCAGAGAUUGCAGCUUCUAAGGUGAUUGAAUUGGAGCAGGAUGAAGAUUAUGUUUAUGUGAUGUUGUCCAAUAUGUAUGCAUCUUUUGGAAGAUGGGAAGAUGUUAAUGAAAUUAGGAGUCUCAUGAGUAAGAAAAGGGUUAGGAAAGAAGCAGGUUCUAGCUGGAUAGAAGUAAAUAGAUAGCUCUGUGCCAUAUAAAACCUCAGUAAAGAAGCAUGUGGCUGAUCCUAAAUAUUGAGCCAUUUGUUCACUUAUUUGCUCCCUUCCAGCUUACUUAACAGUUAGCAACGUCCCAAAGUAUAGUUACGACUACUACCAUACCCCUAAGAAUCAACCAAGGUGGUCUCACAACGUAGCUCAACUGGUUCGAUUAAGUGAAAACUCGCGAAAUUUUUCAAUUCAAGGGUAUGAAUCUUUGACACGUAUAAGGUAUCAAAUUACACAUUGAAUUUCUGAUAGAUUCAUGAUUAAAAGGAAUAUGGAAAGAAUAAGAGAAGGCACUUGAGAAUGAAAUAGAUCAUUGAAUAUCGGAAAAAGGUUUGAUUUACGGGGAAGAAAUGAAGUAGAAACUAGUAAAAGAGAUAGGAUGUUCAAAGGGAUCCAUCUGAAUUGGAAGGCUGUAGGAUGAGAAACAGUUAUUCAACUUGAUAGAGUUAACCAAUAAAAACAGAGUCUGCCCUCCCUAUCCUAUUAUGCAUAAUAAAAACAACAGUUCUUCAGUCUCUCUUCUAACAGGUUACCCUUGAAUUGAACUGAAAGAUCUAUCUAUAAAAAAAUAUCAAAACGAAGACUCCAUUGUUGACAUGCUUGAGUAUAAUAAAAUGCAAUUACAAAACAAAUUCACUUAUUAUCUAUGGCUUAUAAAAUGCACUUGUGUUUAUCUAUGGCUAAACUGUUGAUUUUAUACACAAAUUAUGAGGGUGCUACUCUUACCUAUGGUUUCCAAACUGUUUGAAGUCAACCAAAAGAUCCCCACCUUCAAAACAAUAUGCAUUUCUCAUGUAACAAUAAUUAUCAACUCAACUUUCAACUUCCUGAUAUGCCCUCCUCCGUCCAAAUGACAGAGGUGGUAAAUUUAUACCAAUUCAUGAUAUAUAACACAGAUAUAUACAUUUACACCAUCACUCUCCCACGGUAGCAAUGCAUGCUUAUUUUAUUAAUUGCGUUUUGUUCAAGUGUUUGUUGACUGUUAGCUUCUUAGUAUACAAUAGACAUUAGUUUAAGAUUUAUGCAACAUUUUGUUAAAGGCACCAUAAUAUAUUAAUAAGGGGUAUAUUGGAAAAUUUUGUCUCAUAUACUUUCAUAUUUCAUUUCUUUCUUAAACAGAGAGUUGAGUGCGGAAGUGUCCUUCUAGCUACCUCAUUCUGUAUCCUAAUGAUAAAUUAUCACAAUGACUUCUGCCAAACUGUCCAUUAUACAUGAAACAGCUUUGGACCACACUUUGAACAGAGAACGAAUCAGUUUCGUUUGUCCACAACCAACUUGGGAGAAAAUUUUCCUGUGUAUGAUAUUGAUAGGUACGUACAUACUACAUAACUGCAUACAACUUGUGUACAAAGAAAAGAGAUACCUCAGUCCUUUCCUUCCACUUUUUGGGUUAGGCAUAUUCUUUAGGAAUGUUAUUCUAUCCUUUAAUUAUAGUAUAGUAAUUAACAACAACAAUUCCUAUCUUUUCUCCUUUGUUAUAUGUCUUUUUCAAUCAACCUUUUUUUGUGUGUCUUUUUCUAUGAGUGUUGUUUCAACUCUCACUUCAGUUAAACUAUGCUUUCACCUUUCCCUGCUAGAAAGUUAUAUCUUCUUUCUAUUAAAUUAAAAAAUGUUUUGGAGAACCGAGUUUGGCCUUUGGCAGGAAUGAUUCUUUGUCAAAUUUUCCUUACCUUGCAGCCAAAGUCUUAAUUACUUGAGGCCCCUUCUUAUGGGAACCAGAGAGUUAAAUGCAGACACUAUUCUUGGGUCUUAUGAGAUCCAAAUAGUGGCAAACUUUCU